AAAUCUUGCUAACUUCCCUUUGCUUUCUCUCAACUACAGCUCUCAUGGCGUAUUGUUUGGCUCCCGUUUCCAUCUCAGGCGGUUCUCAUCUCAAGGCAGGUGAAGUUUGGUUCCCCAAGUCCAGCACCUUUGGGAAAAGACCAAGUCUGGCAGCUCGAAGGAAACAAAUUCCAUUGAAACACCAGUUUUCAGUUUCUGCACAGUAUCGUGGUGACAGCAGGGGUGGAGGAAGUGAUUUCGUUGCUGGUUUUCUUCUAGGAGGUGCCAUAUUUGGAACUUUGGGAUAUAUUUUCGCACCACAGAUUAGAAGAUCCCUGCUAAACGAAGAUGAAUACGGAUUCCGUAAGGCAAAGCGACCGAUAUACUAUGAAGAAGGUUUAGAGAAAACCAGGGAGACCCUGAAUGAAAAAAUCAGCCAACUCAACGUGGCCAUCGACAAUGUGUCCUCGCGAUUGCGAGGCAGGAAUAACACACCUACUGUUCCAGCAGAGGCCGACCCCGAAGUAGAAGCUACCAUGUGAGGGUCUCAUGUUUGUUACUGCCGAGUCAUUAUGGUCGAGUUUCAGUGAUUGAAGCAGGUAGGUUCUACCAUUAGUUGUUUGAAAAAUUCAAAUUAGAGCUUGUGGCAAA